AUGAGCUACUAUGGCAGCUACUAUGGGGGCCUGGGCUAUGGCUAUGGCUCUGGUUAUGGCUGUGGAUGUGGCAGCUACCGUGGCCUAGGCUAUGGCUUUGGAGGCUAUGGCUAUGGAGGCCUGGGCUAUGGUGGCUAUGGCUAUGGCUGCUGCCGUCCAUCUUGCUGUGGAAGGUAUUCUUCCUAUGGCUUCUUCUGA